UGAACCGUCUCCUUUUAAGCAAGCACCGACGCCAUCUUAUACGACAAAGAGUGACUGCAAAUUACAGUUAAAAUAUAUCUUUUUCAUCAUGUCUACGCCAACAAAACCGCCAAUGGAAGCAAAGAAAGAAGAUUCAAAAUCAGAAGAUAACAAAAAUCAAAUGCAGGGAAACAAAAAUAACCCAGAACAGCAGGGAAAACCACAAGACAACCGUGGAGGAAACCAACGCGGUGGUCGUGGUGGAUAUCGCGGCGGUGGCAGGGGUGGUGGCCCAGGCGACAGGAAUCAGAGAGGCGGUAGAGGGGGUGGUGGUGGUGGGAACAGAGGCCGCGGCGGAAUGAAUCGUGGUGGUGGUGGUGGGGGAGGAGGGGGUGACAGACGAGGAGGAAACCAGGGUCAGUUUGGCCAAGGGGGUGGCUUUAGGCAGAAUGAACUACAAAUGAAUGUCAUGGCUCAAGAUGCUGGCCCCAAAGAACCCAAAAAGUUCACAGGCAGAUGUCGAUUGUUCGUUGGCAAUGUUACAUCAGAGACAUCAGAGGAGGAAUUCAAAGAACUGUUUUCCAAGUAUGGUGAAACUGGAGAGAUGUUUUUGAAUGGGUCAAAAGGUUUUGGAUUUAUACGCUUGGACUACAGACAUAACGCAGAGGCAGCAAAGGCAGCAUUAGACGGAAGUCAGCACAAGGGGAGAACACUGCGAGUCAGAUUCUCUAAUCAGGGCUCAGCCAUCAAGGUUAAGAAUCUCUCUCCGUUUGUUUCUAAUGAGCUCCUAGAGAUGGCCAUGCAGCAGUUUGGGGAAAUAGAACGAGCAGUAGUUGUAGCCGAUGACAGGGGAAGGUCCACUGGUGAGGGCAUCGUAGAGUUUGCCCGGAAACCAGGUGCUCAGCAAGCUCUGAAACGCAUAAAUGACGGUGUAUUCCUAUUGACCACGUCUCCAAGACCAAUUGCUGCUGAAAACUUAGAGGCCAAAGAUGAAGAUGAUGGUCUCCCUGAAAGAUUCUUGCCAAAAAAUCAACAGUUCCAGGCAGAAAGAGAGAAGGAACCCAGAUUUGCACCCCCAGGAUCAUUUGAGUACAGGUUUGGUCUGAAGUACAGAGAGAUUGAUGAGAUGGAGAAACAGCAGAUAGAGAGAGUCAAGCAGGAAAUGGACCAGCAGAGACUGAAACUGGAGAAUGAAAUGGAGGGAGCCAUGUUUGAUUUCCAGGCUGAACAAAUUAGGGCAGACUUACUGAGACAGCAGGAAGAACUUCGUCGUUUAGAGGAAAUGAAAACAGAAAAAAUGAGGCGCAGACAGGAAUUUGACUACAGGUUUGAAGAAGAGCAGAGAAUGAUGAUGGAUGAUGACAGACAACAGAUGAUGAGAGGGGGGCGGCCAGGCAUGGACCAGCCUGGUGGCAGCAUGCUGAGAAAUGAAGGCCAGAGAGGAGGAGGAGGGGCACCUCUCCCCCCUCCCCCUGCACCCCCCGCAGGGAUGGGCUUUGACACGGCUGACCAGAUGCCAAGCAGCUCCUUUGGCAAAAAGGGAGGUGAUAAGGGAGACAACAGAACGAGUCGUUUUGAUUCUAAUGCUGGUAAUUUCGGAGGUAACUCAUCCAAUUUCGGAAGCCACCCAGGAGGCAAUGUGCCUAACCAGGGUGGUAUGUUUGGAAAUAACCGAAAUAUGGGUGGGAUGGGAAAUCGAAAUGAUAGGAGGAGAGAUAUGGGAAAUGUAGGCGGGCCAAGGGAUGACUACGGCGAUAUGAAGAGAAUGAGGCGAUUUUAAUCUAGUGUUUAAUCUACAUCACCAAAACGCUUGUGAAAUAGACUUAUUUGACCUAUGAUCUGAUUUUAUCCUUGGAUUGUUGUCAAGUGCUUGAUUUGUAGAUGUUCUAGCACUAUACAUUGGAGAAUCUAACGUUCAUAACUAUGAAGAAGAAAUCUGUUUGAUAUAUUGAUUAUUUUCUUAAGAAGAUAUUUUAUCCUGUAAAAUAGAUAUUUUAAUAUGGAAGAGGAAUACUUUUAGCCAUUUCUAAAUAAAGCCAUAGAAAUGGAACUACCGGUAUAGACUUUGCUUUUGAAAUGAAAGCAAACUUUAUUAUAGUAAAUGUUGUGUAUUAAAUGAAAGGAAAAAAAUCAUGCCAUGUGUAUCUUGAUAAUUGAUGUCAUUAUUUGUAAUUCAUUGUAUCAUACAUUAAUAAAGAUUGGAGUCUAUAUAAGUCA